AUCCAUCCCUCAAACAAACAAAAAACUACCAAGUUAGAAGAGAACAUAAUGAUGAUGAUGAUGGCGAGUGACUAUUAUUUCAUCAUCCCAAUUAGUGUCGCAACCUUGAUCACCAUUCUUUCCAUGAUCAUAAUGAAAAGGACAUUAAUUAGUGUCGCUGCCGGCGGUGAGAGAACUCCACCAGGGCCAUGGAAGAUGCCGAUCAUCGGGAACCUCCACCAGCUGGCAACCGGCUCGUCCCUCCCACACCGCCGGCUAGCUGAGCUGGCCCGACAGUACGGUCCUCUGAUGCAACUUCAGCUCGGCGAAAUCCCCACGGUGAUCGUGUCGUCGGCCGAAUGGGCCAAGGAAUUCACGCAAACCCACGACCUCAGCUUCGCCAGCAGGCCCUUCAUCCCCGCGGCCAACAUCAUCUUCUACGGCGGCAGAGACAUCGGGUUUUCCCCUCACGGGCCCUACUGGACAAAGAUGAGAAAGAUUGUCGCCAUGGAGCUUCUUAGCGCCAAACGUACCAAGAUGUUGCGGCCCAUCAUGGAGGAAGAGAUUUCUAAGCUCGUGGGCUCGAUAGCCACGGAGUCAAGUGUCAACCUAAGCGAAAUGAUGCUCUCUCUAGGCUACUCCAUCACUUGCCGUGCCGCCUUCGGCAAGGUACAUAAGCAAGCGGGAGUUUUCUUGCCGCUUAUGGAAGAGUUCAUGAAGAUUCUCGGAGGGUUCAGCCUUGGCGACCUCUUCCCUUCGAGCAACUUGUUGCGCCUACUCGUUACCAACGCGGCCGAGAGAAAGUUGAAGAAGGUUCACUCGGAGGCCGAUGCUAUCAUGGAAACUAUAAUCAAAGACCGUGUAGCUAAGAGAUCAGCUGGAAACAACGAUGAUGAUGAUGAUCAAGAUCAAGAUCAAGAUCUUCUUGGCGUUCUUCUGGACCUUAAAGACAACAACGCUCUUGGCUUCACUGAGAUUAAAGCUGUCAUCCUCGACAUGUUCCUUGCUGGAUCCGAGACGGCGACUAUCAGUGUCGAAUGGGCGAUGUCUGAACUCAUGAAGAACCCAAGAAUUAUGGAGAAAGCGCAAAGAGAGGUGAGACAAGUUUUUCAUGGAGAAGGCUUAGUUGACGAGGCAUCUAUUGAACAACUGCCGUACCUAAAAUUAGUUCUGAAGGAAACUUUGAGGCUUCAUCCUCCUGGUCCAUUGGCUAUGCCAAGAGAAAAUAAGGAGACAACGAUGGUCAAUGGAUAUAAGAUUUCGGCAAGGACAAGGGUCUUUGUCAAUCUGUGGGCGAUCAGUAGAGAUCCGCGUCAUUGGACUCAGCCCGAAGUCUUUGAACCUGAGAGGUUCCUGGAUAGCUCAGUCGACUUCAGGGGAGUGGAUUUUCAUUACCUCCCGUUCGGAGCUGGAAGACGCAUAUGUCCGGGUAUACAUUACGGGAUCACUUUGGUUCAUAUUGCCCUCGCCAAUUUAAUCUAUCAUUUUGAUUGGAAGCUCCCUCAACAAAUGAAGCCCGAGGACCUGGACAUGUCUGAAAGAUAUGGCAUUGAAGUGAAGAGACUACACAAUUUAAUCCUUAUUCCCACCCCAUAUAUACCGCCCCAAAUAAACUAG